AAUGACUUUUGACAAGUGUAGUAGUUCUGUCCAUAGUUACAUUACCGUUUUCUAUGAUGGUGAUUUUGACCAACUUUUGACCAUGUUUUUUAUAUUAUUCGUUAUGAGGAAGUAUUUAAAAAAUAAAAAUUAUUUCUUGAAAUCAUACUAGAUGUCACUCGCGUUGUUUGGAUUUUGUUUAUGAUAUUCCAUUGAAAUUUUGUUUUUUACGUAAUAAAAGUAAAUUGAGUAGCAAAAAUUUCUGCUGCCAUCUAGUGACAAAACUUUUUGUAGUUUCUUUAUUUUUUUAAAUACUUCCUCAUUGACAUUAAGUUCACACAAUUUGUGCUGCCAUCUAGUGACAUAAGUUCUUUAGUUUCUUUAUUUUUAUUUAAAUACUUUUUUAAAUCGAGUAAGCUAAACUAUAGCUGAAUCAUUCAAGUCAGCUAUAGUUUAGCUUACUCGAUUAUCCAUAACAUGACCAACAAGAUCAAGUUAAAAUCUAAAUAGUAUAGAAAACGAUAAUAUUCUGAUAUUUCUGUUAUUAGUAAUAAAUAACUCAAAAUGUUGCAUUUAAAAUUUAGAAACAUUGCUAUUGAAUGUGCCCGAAAUAUUCAGAAAAAGCUUUUUAUCCGUUUAUUCAGUCAAGAAAAUUUUACUUGUGGUGUUUCUACAACAACGUCUCCAUUAAAUGCUCAUUACAAACAUUACAUAAAGUUGCCGCUGCCAGAAGAUAAGAUUUUAGCCACUUACAUAUGGAUUGAUGGUAGUGGAAUUGCUAUGCGAUCAAAAGAUAGGAUUUUGGAGGAAAUUCCAUAUGAUUUGUCCAUGGUUCCGAAGUGGGCUUUUGAUGGUAGUUCAACAGGGCAAGCAAAGACUAAUAAUUCUGAUACCCAUUUAAUACCUUCGGCCAUAUACAAAGAUCCUUUUCGUAAAAGUCCUCAUGUUAUUGUACUUUGCGAAACUUACAACGGAGAUGGUUCGCCUACGCUCACUAACCACAGAGCACAUUGUGCUAAAAUAAUGAGUAAAUUAUCAGAUCAGGAGCCAUGGUUUGGAAUAGAACAAGAGUAUACUAUGUUUGAUUCAGACUUGUGGCCUCUUGGCUGGCCAAAAGUGCGCGGAUAUCCCGUGACAAAAUCACAGUACUCUUAUUGUGGAGUAGGUGAACACAUUGCUGGAAGAGAUUUAGUGGAAUGUCAUACCAGAGCCUGUGUUUAUUCCGGUAUGAACUUUGGUGGAACAAAUGCAGAAGUUAUGAAAGGAUCGUGGGAAUUUCAAAUAGGCACCACCUCUGGAAUUAAAGCAGCCGAUGAUUUGUGGGUAGGUCGAUAUUUACUUAAUAGAAUAGCUGAACAUUUCGGGGUAAUCAUUAGCUAUCAUCCUAAACCAAUGGGUAAAGAGCAUCCUGGCAUAGGCUGCCAUCAUAAUUUCAGCACAGAAAAGAUGAGAAGUGAUGAAGGUAUAAAAGAAAUCGAAAGAGUGUGUAAAAUAUUAUGUGAAAAACACAAAACAACAAUAAAAAAUUAUGGACUUGGAGAUGGGGACGAAAAUAAGAAAAGAUUAACAGGGAAGUUUGAAACUGCUUCUUUUGAUACCUGUAGGUGGGGUAUUGCUGAUCGUGGCGCAUCUAUAAGACUUACGCGUAGUGUAGCUACUGAGCACAAAGGAUAUUUAGAGGAUCGAAGGCCAGCAGGUGACUGCGAUCCAUACAGAGUUUGCGCUUUGAUAGCUGAAACUUGUUUAUGA